AUGGCAGUUGCAGGUAAUUCUGCGAAGAGUGCCGUCUCCAGGCUGGGGCGUGACUCGCAGGCUAAGACAUAUCUGAAAUACACUGUACAACCUACCGGCUUCUGGAAAAGGGUCAAUGACUUCCUGGCCGUCGACUCCAGUCGCUCGAGCGGUGUCCCCAUGAACCCACAAUUCCGCAACCCUACACCCGGCGGUAACGACCCUUCACUCUACAGCGAUGCAGUCACUGUACCCGCCGCAGAUCUUGCCGAGAACCCAUACUGGAAGCGCGAUGUACGAAGACAGUACCCACAAAUGUCUGUCGUCAGGCAGCCGGAUGUUGUCGGACUGUUGACAGUCGGCUCUGCCGCAGCACCCAAGGAGGACGUUUUGCAAAUAGGGGACGCCGGUGCUAAGCAGCUUGUAUCGGUCAAAGAGGAGGGCGAGAAAGGACUCAGCCAGUACUUCGAGAAGGACAAGAGCGCGUUCAAGGCUUUGAUGGGUCCCAAUGGCCUCCCACCACUACCUGCCUCCCGACACCCCAAAGGCAAACGAUACGAGAUGCUCAAAGACCAGUCAUACGGGUCGAACUACCCAUGCCGGACAUUCGAGUAG